AUGCGGCCAUGGCCGUGGCUCACGUGGCCCUGGAGUUUCCGGGUCUUCCUCAGUCUGGAUGGCAUGGCAAUGGCAGAAAUUGGGAUGAGGCAUUACCACUUAAAGAGGAACCAGAGCUUCGGCCCGAUUGUCAACCUGGAUAAACUGUGGACGCUGGUCAGUGAGCAGACCCGGGUCAACGCUGCCAAGAACAAGACUGGAGUUGCUUUCAUCAUUGAUGUCGUGCGAUCGGGCUACUACAAAGUUCUGGGGAAGGGAAAUCUCCCUAAGCAGCCUGUCAUCGUGAAAGCCAAAUUUUUCAGCAGAAGAGCUGAAGAGAAGAUAAAGGGUGUUGGAGGUGCCUGUGUUCUGGUGGCUUGAAGCCACUCAGGGAGGCCAAUUAAAUGCUAACACUUUCAAAAAAA